CAGCAUCGCCCCACCAGCAUCGAGUGGGAUGGCUGUGAUCCCCAGAAGCUUUACACCCUGGUUCUCACAGACCCAGAUGCUCCCAGUAGGAAGGACCCAAAGUUCAGGGAAUGGCAUCACUUCCUGGUGACCAACAUGAAAGGCAACAACGUGGGCAGCGGGACUGUGCUGUCGGAUUAUGUUGGCUCUGGGCCGCCCAAGGGAACAGGCCUGCACCGCUACGUGUGGCUGGUGUACGAGCAGCCAAAGCAGCUGACCUGCAACGAGCCCAUCCUCUCUAAUCGCUCUGGUGACAAAAGAGGCAAGUUCAAGGUGGCUUCUUUCCGCAGCAAGUAUGAGCUGGGGGUGCCGGUGGCUGGCACUUGCUACCAGGCGGAGUGGGAUGACUACGUGCCGAAGCUCUAUGAGCAGCUGUCGGGGAAGUAGGGCGAGGGGACCUG